AUGGUCUCGCGUAUCUUGCAUCUCGCCGCGGGCGCGGCCAUCAUAGCUCGGGGCGUCAACGGCCAGACUACGACUACUAUCACGAUCCUUCCGGGCGUCACCAACUCCACCACCGCCACCAUCCGCCCCUCACCCCUGACCACGACGGUAACAUUCAGCAACACCGUCAGCAACGUCACAACCCGCACCGUCGCUCCCCCGUUCAACAACUCCACGCGGCCGGUAACCACGCUCUCUCCGCCCACCACGAGCUCACGUCCCACCACAAUCUCACGUGCUUCCACGAGCUCCCGCUCUACCGUCGCCAUCAUCUCCUGCAACAUGAACGGCUCCUGCACGCCCCUCACCACGUCCCCUGUUGCCGUCACCUCGGCAACCCCCAUCAGAGGCCUCACAACCUUCACAUACACCCAGUGCCCGUUCACCGGCUCCUGCUCGGCCGUGACAGCCACGUAUCCAUCCAUACCCACACCCUCGUCAUCCCGCGCGAUCUCUUCGUCCCGCAUGGCGAGCGUAUCUGUCUCCGUCUCGAUCAUCAUGGCGCAGCCGCCGUCGCCGUCGCCGUCGCCGUCGACCUUCGUCACGCGCCCGACGUCCGUCCCCGUCGCCAUCCCGAUCAGCGCCCCCGUCAUCGCGCCGCCUCCGAUCGGGCCCAGCGUGCCCGUCAUCCCGCAGCAACCUCUGCAAUCUUACACUCCCCCCGUCUCGAGCUCCCCCACGCAGCAACCGUCGACUCCUUCCACGCUCAUCACGGCCACCGGACGUCCUACUAUCCCCACGCAGGUCGUUACUGCGGAUGCGGGUGUGGAUGCGCUGCCGUGGAUGAGUUUGGUGGGGGCCGUUGUCGUUGCCAUGGUUGUUGUAUUCUAA